AGCGAGGUGGCGCGUCGGCGAGGGAAACCGCCGCGGUGAAUCCGACGUCGUGAUUGGUCGUCGCGUGGGAGAGCCGCCCGCCCGAGCUCACCGUCGCCGGCAGUCGGCACGGAGCAUCCAAGUAGACCGUAUCGAGGUAUUCGGAGUCGCGGGGCGAGAUAUAGAUAUACGCGCGGGAACGACACGCAAUCUCUCGAACAUUGCUCGUUACACAUACGGGCACGAUGACCGCUCGGCGCGUGCACCGUUCACAACAACAACAACAAGAGUGCCGUAGUUGUGGUGCCGCAAUCGUCGCGCGUCGUGUACAUCGCACGGGCCCGUUUAUGGAAUCGCAGUGUCGCGCGCUCGCAAAAACGUCGUGGCCACCGGCCCUGUGCGGAUAUGCUACGUGCAAACCGGGCUCGCGGUGCGCGCACUGAGAGGUCCACCCGCAGCUAACGUCAAGAGAGAGAACCGGGAGCGAGUGGAGGAAGAACAACGCGCGCCUCGCUCCGCUGUAAACUCUGCGCAUUAAUACGUCACGGCCUGCCUUCUAUACAUCACUUACCUCUAUCUGCCGCGCAGCUUCUUCCUCACGCUUCUCUAUCUUUCUGUCAUUAUCUCUUUCUCUCUUCCUCUCUUUCUCUUCGGUUCUCUUUCUUUCUCUCUCUCUCUCUCCUAUCUUCCUACGCUGUUUCACGCCCUCCUCCUACUCCUACAGUAGCGGCGACCUUCCCACGGCAUAUAUCUCUCUCUCUCUCUCUCUCUCUCUCUCUCUCUCUCUCCGACAACGCGACGCCGACGACCGGAAUUAACUCGCGCGCGCGAAAGCACGGGCGGUGUCGCGAAAGGCGCGCCGGCCGUCUCGUUCCGUCGGCGAGACGCGAGACGCCGAGACGCUGCACGUCUCUCCGCGCGCGGAAUUUUCUGACUCAAGUGCGCGUUUGUCAUUUUGACUCGCCGGUUUGACUGUCGCGCCGACGGAUACGCAAAGUAGCGAGAAGAGCAGAGUUGCCGGUUCUUUGUCUCUUUCGAGUCAAAUAGUGUGGCCUAACCUCUCGCGUUGUUCAACUGUCAGCGACGAGAUCGGCGAAUGCGACGGUGCAUGGUGACGACAGUGACGAUCGACGCCACACAUGGUUGUGUGUUAGAGCGAGUUGCCUCUGAGUACGUAAGGCGGCAACGUACGCUCGUUCAGUGAGACCCGAGUCGAAUGUGAACAGUGAAUCAGUCUUAAAAAGAAAAGUGCUAACGAAUCGCUCCGUCGGCCAGCAUACGCCGAAACUAUCGCCGACGGCGACGGACAACGCAUUCGACUGGGAAUCUUAGAAUUCCUCGCCUUCCCGUGUGAGUGAGUGAUAUCGCCUUGUGACGGAGACGAAUCUCCCGAAUCGAUUGGCGUAAAGAGCACGAGAAAGAGGACAGAGAAGACGGUGGCCGUCGCUCGCGCGUGCCCGCAAUAAUGCCGCACGUGAGCAGCAGCGGCGGCGGCGACGAUCUCGGUAGCGAAGACGAGGUCAAGGUUUUCAAGGAUGAGGGCGAGGAGGAGAAGAGGUCCUCGGAGAACCUCACCGAGGACAAGAGCGAUCUCAUUGAUCUCACGGAGUCCGAGGAAAAGGGCACUCUCGCCGGUGGGACCUACGCGACGACGGGAAAAACUUCGGCGAGAUCGGACCUCAGUCCCGUUUUCGGAAAGGUGGAUCCGACGCCGCAUACAUCCUCAUUCAACAUGGGCUACCUCGUCUCGCCGUACCCGUAUCCGAAUGGAGCUGGAGGACCCAUCCCUGUUUCCAUGGUGAGUAGUCCGGUUAUGCUUCCCUUAGUUUUAUUUUCGUCAAAAAUUUGGCAUGUCCCGGACUUGCCACCAGCUCGCCUGACGUUCGCCGUCCCUUUUAUUCUCGACAACGACGCAUCCGUAUCGCGCCUUUUGUCCGAGCUCUGAUCUGACUUCGUCAGAUUGUUCCGCGCCUUUUUAGCCGUGAUCGUGAUCAUGUUAUUGAUUUACGGCAUCUGCAAAUUGGAUUCACGAUUUAUAUUUACAGCCGCGCUCGCGCACACGCGCAUAUUUUCUCUCUCUCGUGAAUUUAUGAUUCACCUUCGAGAACAUUGGCGAGGCUCGCGUUGUCUUCUCGAGCCACUAGUGAACGUACG